UUAGUACCUUUUGUGAUUUAAAGGGGAUUUCCAUUUAGAGAGGAAUCAAUUUCGAAUCCCUAUCUUCAAGGUGCUUAGAUCGAAUGCAGGAAGAGAAAAUAAUGGAGUCGAAAGAGGAGGCGGAGGUGAUCCACUGUUGGUCCGCUCCACGGUCGCUCAGUACCAGUCUCAUGUACUCUUUUGCUCAGAGAGAUGAUAUAGAAGUUCUUGACGAACCCCUUUAUGGGAACUUCUUGCGUGUGACCGGUGUUGAAAGGCCUUACAAAGAAGAGCUUCUGUCAAAAACUGAGUUGGAUGGGAACGAUGUUGUGAAAGAUGUAAUCUAUGGCCCAGGAGUGAAAAAGUAUCGGUUCUGCAAGCAUAUUGCAAAACACCGGCUGCCUGGUUUGCCAAAUGAGCUGACGAAGAAGGGUAGGCAUUUCAUAUUAAUUAGACACCCACUUCAUAUUUUGCCUUCCUUUGACAAGGUUGUGUCUUCAACAUUUUUUGAGCUGGGCUUAUCAGCUCUGGUAGCUAUAUACGGUGAACUCUGUGAACUGGGGAAACCUCCAACUGUUAUUGAUGCUUCAGAACUUCAAGAAAAUCCCGAGGUCGUCUUACGCUAUCUUUGUGAAGAAUUGGACAUUCCUUUCCAAGCUGCAAUGCUGAAGUGGGAGGCUGGUCCAAAGCCAAUAGAUGGUAUUUGGGCCCCAUGGUGGUAUGGAAGUGUACAUAAGUCGACAUGCUUUACACCACCAAGGAAAUAUUUUUCGCCAUUUCCGUCAUCUCUGUAUGACUUGCUAGAGCAGAGUUUACCAUUCUACAAUCUGCUUAAAAGUCAUAAUAAGGGACUUUCUAGCUUAAAAGCACGGGUUCCAGUCCCCAAGCUUCCUUUUCCUGCCAAUGAGAAACUGUUCGCAUGGGUUGGUGACGAGAUUGUUCCACGUGAUAGUGCCAAGGUUUCAGUGUUUGAUUCAGUCGUCCAAGGCGGUGAUUCUGUAUGGGAGGGAUGUCGUGUAUACAGUGGCAAGCUAUUUAAGCUUGAAGAUCAUUUAGACAGGUUAUUUGAUUCUGCAAAAGCUUUGAACUUCAAGAACAUGCCUACUCGUGAAGCGGUUAAAGAAGCCCUCUUUAAAACACUUAUUAUAAAUGGAAUGUUCGAUAAUGCACACAUCAGGCUGAGCCUGACUCGUGGGAAAAAGGUUACUUCAGGGAUGAGCCCAUCUUUUAAUCUCUAUGGAUGCACCUUGAUUGUUCUUGCUGAAUGGAAACCACCUGUCUACGACAAUGCAAAGGGUAUCACUCUUGUAACGGCAACUACUCGCCGUAAUUCUCCAAAUAAUUUGGAUUCAAAGAUUCAUCACAACAACUUGCUCAAUAACAUCCUUGCAAAGAUUGAAAGCAAUAAUGCAAAUGCAGAUGAUGCCAUAAUGCUUGACAAGGAUGGUUAUGUGUCAGAAACAAAUGCUACAAACCUUUUCUUAGUGAAGAAAGGAUGUGUUAUGACGCCUGAUGCUGACUACUGUCUCCCUGGAGUAACUCGUGCAACUGUAAUUGAUCUAGUAAAGAAGGAGAAUAUCAAUAUAAAAGAGCGGCGAAUCAGCUUAUCAGAGUUCCAUACUGCAGAUGAGGUUUGGACUUCAGGGACAAUGGGAGAAAUAACUCCAGUUGUGAAGAUCGAUGGACGUAUUGUUGGUGAUGGACAAGUUGGACCAAUUACACAAAGGUUGCAAGAAUCUUAUAAAAAGUUGGCAGAAGUGUCUGGUGUCGUCAUACCUAAACCUAUAUGAAGGCUUCGGAUUUUCUAUGGUAAAGGGUAAUUGUUGGUCAAAAAUGCGCUUGACAACGGUUUUCUAACAUCUGGUUACUUUAUUCACUUAUUUGGCUGCAAUGCUUGUCUAGAAUAUAUCAGUUUUUAUAUGAACGAGUCCACACACAAUGCGAUAACAUUUAUUACUUUUCAUACAAGUCUACAGCAAAUCUAUUGUCGACAUUGUUAAUGUCGCGAUGGUUGUUUAUGGUAAAUUAGUACCCUAAUAAAUCUUAAUACAUUGUACUGUAACCAUUAAAUUGGCGACUGAUUUAGCCUACAUUUCUUUUAUGUGAUGUGAUCUCUAUGAAAGCUGUGAUUGUACCAUUUCAUUGACUUUGUUUAGAAGCACCAUUUAUCUACUUU